CGUGUUCUUGGAUCGAGGCCGCUCAUCGCGCUGGAGCAGUGGCGCCCAAGCGGCGCCAUUCCAAAUUCCUGCUGCAUUUCUAGAUCGAUCAAUCGAUCGAAAGAAGAGUUAAAUCGUUCAAUUGAUCUGUCGAGAGCACAGAGAAGAAAUGGAGAUGGCUCGGGCGAGGCGCCGGCUGGAGGCGAUGCUCCAGGCCUACGUCGACACGUCACAAAACGAGAAUUUUUCAGUGUGGCUGAGGAAAAUAGAUCCAAAGAACACCAUUCAGUGAUCCUUCUUCAGUGUGCUUGGAGACGAAGAAGAGUCUACAAGCUUAUCAAGAGAUGGAACACUGCUGCUACAAACAUCCAAAGAGUUUACCGCGGCCACCUUGGGCGAGAGAGAUUCUAUGCCAUCAGUCGUGCCCGUGACACCAAGCUCCGAGUCGCGUACUUCAACCACAAGGCCACGACGAUCCAGAGGAUCUUUCGCGGGUUUUACAGCAGGAAAUUCGUCCACAGCUACUACGCAAGGAAAGAGUUCCUGCUUGACGCGAUGGCCCGAAACUACGAGGUGAAGACCGACAUCUUUGCGAACUUCAAGCAGCAGUGGGACGCCCGGAUCAACAAGGUGGCGACGAAAACCCGCGAGGAGAUUGAAAAGUUCUUCAAGUCCAGUCACUACUUCCUGGGAACUGAGGCCGAAGAAGGCAUGUACUACUCCCACUACCUCAAAGUUUUGGGAGAACCAAACAUCAUCGAGGAGAAGAUCAAGGAAACGGGGAAGGCGAUGAAUUGCGUGGAAGAAGUGAAGCGCUUGAAGCGUCGGCCGGGGCGACCGCCUCUGUGGAGAUCAAAGUACUACAUCACUAGCGUCGGGCCAUACUUCACUCGAUUCGACGUGAAGAAGCAGGAGGAGAAAGAGGCGAGAGAGAACCGGCUGUUCCACCAGGACUUCAUCGUCUACGCGAGGCAGCAGGACAAGAUUGAUAUGUUCAAGGGGCCGACGAUCCGGGUCCAGACAGACUACGAGCAGGGCAAAGUUAAAGAUCAAAAGGGAUGGACGAAGAUCUCGGACAAGCCAUUCAUGGUGUGCGUUCCACGGCGGCGCCGAUUCUCCUGUGGUGGUUUGUAGUCUUUGGAUUUCUAUAGAAUGGAAAAUACACUUGUUCUUAACUAAGUUUUAAUGACUUUUAUACUAUA